CAGUGAAAUAGUAUCCACACCAGGAACUGGCCUCUCGCUCUGUGCAUGGGCCUUGAUUCCAACCAGCCUGGAGUAAAUCUCAUUAUAGGCUCAGCCCUCUCCUGGAAUCUGAAGCCUCCUGGACCUUCUCAGUGUGCCUGAGACAGACAGCAGAAUUACUGUAUGGGCUCUUAGAAUUAUAAAAAGGCCUGUUACACAAAGAGAUCACAGUCCAGCUUCUCUCUGAGGAAGACUGCACCAUCCCAGGUGAGUGCAUGCCUACCUGGAGCCUGGGAGCCCAUGGACUCUGCAUCCUAAAGGGCCUGGAAGACCCCACAAACCACUUCAUGAUGCCAGAGAAAAGUCCUGCAUCCCAUCCAUACCUUCGCUGGCUCGAAAGAAGUGUUUCAAAGCCUUAACUGACAAUCCAGAAAGGCAGGUCAAAUUGAAGGAUAGCUCCCAGCUGCAAGAAGGAUCCAGGAUGGAAAUGAGGAAGAAUCCUUGGAGGACAAACAAGUUAACCUGAAGACCAGCAAGGAAGACACUGCAGAGUUGUGUUUUUCACAAGAGCAAGAAAUUUUGCUUCUUGCAGAAAAGCUCACGGCUCUUUAGAAACCAUCAGUUUUAGAGACAAGGCUGCCAAUGUGACCUCACCCUCUUCAGUGCCCCUCCUCAGUGCCAGCUAUGAGUUCCUGCAACUUCACACAUGCCAGCUUUGUGCUCAUUGGUGUCCCAGGCCUAGAGGAAGCCCACUUCUGGUUUGGUUUCCCCCUGCUGUCAAUGUACGCAGUGGCACUGUUUGGAAACUGCGUUGUGGUCUUCAUUGUCAGGACGGAGCGCAGCUUGCACGCACCCAUGUACCUCUUCCUCUGCAUGCUGGCAGCCAUUGACCUGGCCUUGUCUACCUCCACCAUGCCCAAGAUCCUGGCCCUCUUCUGGUUUGACUCCCGGGAGAUCACUUUUGAUGCCUGCCUUGCCCAGAUGUUCUUUAUCCAUGCUCUUUCAGCCAUUGAAUCCACCAUCCUGCUGGCCAUGGCCUUUGACCGCUACGUGGCCAUCUGCCACCCACUGCGCCAUGCCGCAGUCCUCAACAACACAGUGACAGCCCAGAUUGGCGUAGUAGCCGUGGUCCGCGGCUCCCUCUUCUUCUUUCCACUUCCACUGCUCAUCAAGCGGCUGGCCUUCUGCCACUCCAAUGUGCUUUCCCACUCCUACUGUGUGCACCAGGAUGUGAUGAAGCUAGCCUACGCUGACACCUUGCCCAAUGUCGUCUACGGUCUCACUGCCAUUCUGCUAGUCAUGGGCGUAGAUGUCAUGUUCAUCUCUUUGUCCUAUUUCCUGAUCAUACGAACAGUUCUGCAACUGCCUUCCAAGUCGGAGCGAGCCAAGGCCUUUGGUACCUGCGUGUCACACAUUGGUGUGGUCCUGGCCUUCUAUGUGCCCCUCAUCGGCCUCUCAGUGGUGCACCGCUUUGGAAAUAGCCUCGAUCCCAUUGUGCAUGUUCUCAUGGGAGAUGUCUACCUGCUGCUGCCUCCGGUCAUCAAUCCCAUCAUCUACGGUGCCAAGACCAAACAGAUCCGAAUCCGGGUGCUGGCGAUGUUCAAGAUCAGCUGUGACAAGGACAUCCAAACUGCGUGACAUGGGUGACCCUUACUAGUCCACUUCCCCAUCCUUCCUGUUUUAAUACAAUUAUCCCAUAACAGGAGCUUAAUUCCAGUUGGCUGUAAGCACAUCAGUGUUUUUCUCCAGCUGUAUAGUUCAUUUACUUCAUGGAAUAUUAUGCAGACUAAUCCAUAUUAUGUAUCAUUUGGUUAAUGACUGUGAUUAAAAUGAAACAGCCAGCUGGGUGUGGUGGUACACACCUGUAAUCCAAGCACUCGGGCAACUGA